AUGGUGGUAUAUUGCACUGCCUUUUGCCUGCUGAUUUUCGGCCUAUUUUCAACCGGUGAGUGGAAAAAUUCGUCAUACCAAUAUUGGGUUUUAGUCACUGCGUUGAAAUGUUUUGAUUGUGCUAAAUGUCCUGAAAACCCAAAGGAGGGAGAGGUUCCAGUGAAAACAAACUGUAAGACUUGCCUGUUGGAUUGCGAAGGUUUCAUCACCAAUCGGGGUGACAUCAUCAGUGCGGGUUUAAGUGCCACCUAUGUCCACAACAUUGCCAGAAAGCUAACUUUUCGGUUCAGUUUGUGGCUUAUUCCCCAACUUUCAUCCAAUAAAUCACACAGUCUCUUUCUUUUGGAUGAAUGCAAAAAAUACACUUCAAGAACUUAUUCCGGCAGAAAACUACGGGCCCUAUCAAUUACGUGUUCCCCGGUUUGUCCACCAACCAAGGGUGUAGACGCAGGAUCCCUUGUCACCGUUAAAGUAAAAUGCUGCUACCGAGAUCUGUGUACUGGUCAUGCAGUAUCCCGAAUUCCAAGUGCUAUCAUGACCUUAAUUUGUUUGCUUAUACUCCAUUUGUUUUGUCCCGCGAGUGAAUAA